CAGUUUAGAUUUUAGAAGUUUUUAACGUAAAAUGGAACAAUUAUAUUCUUUGCUUAGUUAUAAUAAAACUUUUUUUCAGUCAUACAGUUAAGCCUGAAGAAAAUGAAAAAUCAAACGGAAGCUGAGAUGAAAAAAAUGGAACUGCUGAAAAAUAUUACGUUAGCAAUGCAAUUGCUAGAAGAUUUACCAAAUGAGGUUAUCCAGCUAAAUCUACAAACAAUGAAAAAUCUAACGGAAGCUGAAGUAAAGAAAAUGGAAUUGCUGAAAAAUAUAACAUUAGCUAUGCAAUUGCACCAAGAUGAACUUCCAAAUGAGGUUAUCCAGUUAAACCUAGAAAAAAUGAGGAAUCUAACGGAAGCUGAAAUGAAAAAAAUGGAAUUGCUAAACAAUAUUACCCUUGCUAUGCAGUUACAUCGCGAAGAAUUACCCAAUGAGGUUAUCAAGUUAAAUUUGCCAAAAAUGAAAAAUAUAACGAUGGCCGAAACUAAGAAAAUGGAAUUGUUGAAAAACAUCACAUUAGCUAUGCAACUGCUAGAUGAAUUACCAAAUGAGAUUAUUCAACUAAAUCUCCAGAAUAGGGAUAACCUAAGUACGUAUAUUUUAGUAUAAAAUUCGAUAAAAUGUUUCAUUAACUUCUUUUUCCUAAACUUUAUUUGAAAAUUUUGA